AUGCUGACUAGCAAGGGGGAAGGAGCCCUUCACUUUGGUGUGUGUCUCUGGUUUUACCUAUUCAUAUGUUUCUUUAAAGGCUGCACGGGCUGUGCAUCUGAGGAGAGACUCUUUCACAAACUCUUCUCUCAUUAUAACCAGUUCAUCAGGCCUGUGGAAAAUGUUUCUGAUCCUGUCACGGUGCAUUUUGAAGUGGCCAUCACACAGUUGGCCAACGUGGAUGAAGUAAACCAGAUCAUGGAAACCAAUCUGUGGCUGCGUCAUGUCUGGAAUGAUUACAAAUUGCGAUGGAAUCCAAUGGACUAUGAUGGUAUUGAGACUCUCCGUGUUCCUGCUGAUAAAAUUUGGAAGCCUGACAUUGUUCUUUAUAAUAAUGCUGUUGGUGACUUCCAAGUGGAAGGCAAGACAAAAGCUCUUGUUCAAUAUGAUGGCAUGAUAACCUGGACCCCACCAGCUAUUUUUAAGAGUUCCUGUCCUAUGGAUAUCACAUUCUUUCCUUUUGAUCAUCAAAAUUGUUCCCUGAAAUUUGGUUCCUGGACAUAUGACAAGGCUGAAAUUGAUCUUCUAAUUAUUGGCUCUAAAGUAGAUAUGAAUGAUUUUUGGGAAAACAGUGAAUGGGAAAUUGUUGAUGCUUCCGGCUACAAGCAUGACAUAAAGUAUAACUGUUGUGAAGAGAUAUACACAGAUAUAACCUAUUCUUUUUAUAUUAGAAGACUGCCAAUGUUUUAUACCAUUAACUUGAUUAUCCCCUGUCUGUUUAUUUCAUUUCUCACUGUUUUGGUCUUUUAUCUUCCUUCUGACUGUGGAGAAAAAGUGACACUUUGCAUUUCAGUUCUGCUUUCUCUGACUGUGUUUUUGCUGGUCAUCACAGAAACCAUUCCAUCUACUUCUCUUGUGAUCCCACUGGUCGGAGAGUACCUACUGUUUACCAUGAUCUUUGUCACCCUAUCCAUUGCAGUGACCGUCUUUGUGUUGAAUAUACAUUAUCGUACUCCAACCACACACACCAUGCCCAAGUGGGUAAAAAUGGUUUUCCUUCAGCUGUUGCCCCAAAUCUUGGUGAUGAGGAGACCGCUGGACAAGACAAAGGAGACAUGUUCUGAUAAAAACCCUAAAGGCAUUGCCAGCCAGCUACCCAAAGUUAAGUUUACUAAUGGCAGAGAGUCCAGUCUUAAAGAAUACUGCCACUGUAACAAAUCAAGGGAGCUUACCACCACUAGCAAGAAAAGAUUAAAUCAUCAGCCUUUGCAAUGGAUGACCGAAAAUUUGGAACACCCCCCUGAAGUUGAUGACGUGAUUAACAGUGUUCAAUUCAUUGCAGAAAACAUGAAGAACCAAAAUGAAACAAAGGAGGUAGAAGAUGACUGGAAAUACGUAGCCAUGGUGGUGGACAGAGUAUUUCUUUGGGUAUUUAUAAUUGUAUGUGUGUUUGGAACUGCAGGGCUAUUUCUACAGCCACUACUUGGGAACACAGGAAAAUCUUAA